AUGUUAGACAUUACGCUGUUUAUUGAGGAGAAAGGUGGUAACCCUGAUCUAAUUAAGAAGUCGCAGCAAGCUCGUAAUGCUCCAGUGGAGAUCGUGGAUGAGAUCAUUUCGGACUACAAGGAGUGGGUCAAGACGAGAUUCCAGUUGGAUGAGCUAAACAAAGCCUUCAACAAGGUCCAGAAAGAGAUUGGGCAGAAAUUCAAGAACAAGGAGGAUGCGUCGGAGUUGUUGGCACAGAAAGAGCGCAUGACGGAGGAGAAAAAACAGCUUAUCGAGCAAGAACAGGAACAAGACAAGGCAUUGCGUGACAAAGUCAACCGGGUGGGCAACAUUGUGCACCCAUCUGUAGUUGUCUCGAAUGAUGAGGCCAACAAUGAGUUGGUUCGCACUUGGAGGCCAGAGGGGCUAUCUGAGGUCGGGACCACUGCGUCCUGCACCGGCCAGCCAGCCAAACUAUCGCACCAUGAAGUUUUGUUGAGGUUGGAUGGGUAUGACCCAGAGCGUGGUGUCAAGAUCUCUGGUCACAGAGGCUACUUCUUCAGAAACUACGGUGUGUUUUUGAAUCAGGCUUUGAUAAACUACGGUCUAAGCUUCUUGGCCGCGAAGGGCUACUGCCCACUCCAGGCUCCUGUCAUGAUGAACAAGGAAGUCAUGGCCAAGACCGCACAGCUCUCGCAGUUUGACGAGGAGUUGUACAAGGUCAUGGACGGCGAAGAUGAGAAGUAUUUGAUUGCGACCUCGGAACAGCCGAUCUCUGCCUACCACUCGGGUGAGUGGUUUGAAAAGCCACAAGAGCAGCUACCUAUCCGUUAUGUAGGCUAUUCUUCUUGCUUCCGCAGGGAGGCUGGUGCUCACGGUAAAGAUGCAUGGGGUGUGUUCAGAGUCCACGCUUUCGAAAAAAUCGAGCAGUUCUGUAUAACGGAGCCCGAAAAAUCCUGGGAAGAGUUUGAUUCGAUGAUUGCUAACUCAGAAGAAUUCUACCAGUCGCUAGGUAUUCCCUACCGUAUUGUCGGCAUUGUGUCUGGUGAGUUGAACAAUGCUGCUGCUAAAAAGUACGAUUUGGAAGCUUGGUUCCCAUAUCAGCAAGAGUAUAAGGAAUUGGUUUCUUGCUCUAACUGUACGGACUACCAAUCUAGAAACCUAGAGAUCAGAUGUGGUAUCAAGAAGAUGGGAGACAGAGAGAAGAAGUACGUUCACUGUUUGAACUCCACCCUAGCUGCUACUCAAAGAGCUCUCUGCUGCCUACUAGAAAACUAUCAAACAGAGGAUGGUUUGGUUGUACCAGAGGUGCUAAGAAAAUACAUCCCAGGCGAACCUGAGUUCAUUCCAUACAGUAAGGAAUUGCCUAAGAACUCUACUUCUAACAAACGUAAAAAUUAG